GCACCCAAAAACCCACGCAGAAAGUGUUUGUGAAAAUGACUGACAGAGAAAGAGAGAGAGUGAGGAAUGACAAUAGAAGAGUGUAAUAAAGCGGGCAAUGAACUGGCAAUGGUCUGUUCCUUUAUGUUGCGGUGCUGCUGCUGUUGUUGUUAGCUGUCAGGGGUAUAGAGUGUGAUCCAAGCCAUCGUUUUCCUAGCACGGAGGAAGCAUUUUAAACAGUACCUUGUGCCCCUCUCUUAGUUUUAAGGACACUGAUUCGUUCCCUAGAUCUCUCUCAGCUGAGCUGUAUGCUAGGGAAAAAGGUUUUCUCUCUAUUUCUCACUGCAAAAGCUCGUUGGUCUUUGACGUGGUCCUCUGACUGGGUAAUUUGAAGGUCAGAGAUUGGUUUGGUUGAGGGGGAGGGAAAAUGGACGGUGGCGAUAGGACGGCGAGGUUGGGGGCCCUGAACUUGAAUCCAGAUCGGGCCGGCUUAGACACGGGUCCGGAUGUCUCGGUUUCGUCCCCCGUUACCAGGCAGAAGGCCGCAGCUGCCAAGCAGUUCAUAGAGAAUCAUUACAAGAACCAUCUUCAAGGACUGCAGGAUCGUAAAGAAAGACGUCGAGCACUUCAAAGGAAAGCACAAGAAGCUCAGGCAUCAGUUGAGGAACAAGAAGAGAUGCUGAGGAGUUUGGAGCGAAAAGAAACUGAAUACAUGAGGCUGCAACGACGUAAAGUUGGAAUUGAUGACUUUGAGCAAUUAACUGUUAUUGGUAAAGGUGCAUUUGGUGAGGUCAGGCUAUGCCGUGCUAAAGAUACAGGAGAGAUCUUUGCUAUGAAGAAAUUGAAGAAAUCAGAGAUGCUUAGCCGUGGACAGGUAGAGCAUGUUCGAUCUGAGAGAAACUUGCUUGCAGAGGUUGAUAGUCGGUGCAUUGUAAAACUGUUUUAUUCUUUUCAAGAUUCUGAUUUCUUAUACCUUAUCAUGGAGUAUUUACCUGGUGGAGAUAUCAUGACAUUAUUGAUGAGAGAAGAUAUUCUUUCCGAAGAUGUUUCACGCUUUUACAUAGCAGAGAGCAUUCUCGCUAUCCACUCAAUUCAUCAGCACAAAUAUAUUCAUAGGGACAUAAAACCAGAUAACCUGAUUCUGGAUAAAAAUGGUCAUUUGAAGCUUUCAGAUUUUGGCUUGUGUAAGCCUCUGGAUGAUAAGUAUUCAACAAUAUUACUGGAAGACAAGGGUUUUACCACCCAGGAACCCACACCAGAAACUGAAGAACAUUCUGGAUGUGAUAGAACACCUUGGAUGAUGCCGAAGGAACAAUUACAACGGUGGAAACGUAAUCGUCGUGCAUUGGCUUAUUCAACUGUUGGAACUCUUGAUUAUAUGGCACCUGAGGUUUUGCUCAAGAAGGGGUAUGGAAUGGAGUGUGAUUGGUGGUCACUGGGAGCAAUCAUGUAUGAGAUGCUUAUUGGCUAUCCCCCCUUCUGUUCUGAGGAUGCUAGGGUCACUUGUCGCAAGAUAAUUAAUUGGAAAUCAUGCUUGAAAUUCCCUGCGGAACCAAAAAUAUCAGAUGAUGCUAAGGAUCUGAUAUGUCAUUUAUUAUGUGAUGUGGAGACGAGAUUGGGUACCCGAGGAGUGGAAGAAGUAAAGGCACAUCCAUGGUUUAAAUGCAUUCAGUGGGACAUGCUGUAUGAAAUGGAAGCUCCAUAUAAACCUACUGUUAUUGGAGAAUUAGAUACACAGAAUUUCGAGAAGUUCCCUGAUGUAGAAGGUCCGCCAUCCACAAUACCAACGGUGGGACCCUGGCGGAAGAUGUUGACAUCAAAAGAUACAAACUUCAUAGGAUUUACUUUCAAGAAGUCGGAUAUCCUUAAAUCACUUGAAAGUUCAGGUACAGAUAUGGGAUCAAAUGGACCGUCAAGGGCCCCAUCACUCAUUUCCUUGUUAGGUCGGAUUGACUUGCAAGGAACUGUAAUACCAGAGGAGGAGCAGAAGCAGGAAACCUGAGUUUAUUAAACGUUGUUUUGUCCCCCUUCACAAGAGUUAGGUAUUAUUAUUUUCCUUACAAACAAACAAAGAAGAUCAAGCUACCACACAAGACAGAUUUUGGUUUAGAAUAGCCGCGUGAAAACAUGAAUAAGGUCAUGAUCUUGAGCACAAUUCUUUGUAUCUUCCAGCAGAUGUCUUAAUGAAUAAGUAAUACUGUAAAGCCAAUUUCAGUUCGAAAUGUCUCCCUCAAGAAAAACAAGAAACUAAAGGGUAGUUUAAAUUUUUGUCAGUAUAUUUAAUGUAACAUAGGAUCAGCUCAUUCAAUUUUGUCUGUGAAAGUGGAUAUAUGUUUGCAAGUCAUACUAUUCUUUCAAUGAAUGCUUUGGAGAUUGGUUUGGGAUUAAAGAAGUCUAUCUGGUUGAA